AUGGGCUCCGUGCUCCCCGCUGAAGCGUUGGCCCUCAAGUCUGGAUUUAAAUGUCCAGCCCGGGCUGCGCUGUCGGACGUGAUCACUUCGGACGUCCUACACAGCUUCCUGUACGGCCGCUGGAGGAACGUCCUGCAGGGGGCCGAGCACCUGCAGGCCGACGAGCGACACGCCGGCUGCACCAGAACCGCCUUCACCGCCGAGGUGCUGGCCCAGUCCUUCGCUGGAGAGGUGCAGAAAUUAUCCAGCUUGGUGCUCCCUAGUGAGGUGAUCAUUGCACAGAGCUCCAUCCCAGGAGAAGGUCUGGGAAUCUUCUCCAAGACGUGGAUCAAGGCCGGCACAGAGAUGGGUCCCUUUACCGGCAAAGUCCUGUCCCCGGAACACGUUGACCUACUCAAGAACAACAACCUGAUGUGGGAGGUGUUUAACGAGGAUGGCACUGUGAGGUACUUCAUCGAUGCCAGCCAGGAGGACCAACGCAGCUGGAUGACUUACAUCAAGUGCGCCCGCAACGAGCAGGAGCAGAACCUGGAGGUGGUCCAGAUUGGCAGCAGCAUCUAUUACAAAGCAGUGGAGACUAUCCCACCAGACCAAGAGCUGCUGGUGUGGUAUGGAAACACACACAACACAUUCCUGGGCAUCCCCGGGGUGCCGGGAACAGACGAAGAGCACCAGCAACAACAGCCGCAGCUGAAGAAGAGCAGAAAUGAUGAGUUGCAGUCUUGUGAGUCCUCGUGCUCGCCACCUUCCUCAUCUUCCUCGUCCACCGCCGGCCUGCACACCUCCGGGCGCAUGCGCUGCGUCAUCUGCCAUCGCGGCUUCAACUCGCGGAGCAACCUACGCUCGCACAUGCGCAUCCACACGCUGGACAAGCCGUUCGUGUGCCGCUUCUGCAAUCGCCGCUUCAGCCAGUCGUCCACGCUGCGUAACCACGUGCGCCUGCACACCGGCGAGCGGCCCUACAAGUGUCACGUGUGCCAGAGCGCCUACUCGCAGUUAGCGGGGCUGCGCGCGCACCAGAAAAGCGCCCGCCACAAGCCCGCUGCCGCCGCCGCCGCAGCAGCUGAAGGUAACUCGCAGGCGUCUCCGCCGCUUCCUCCUCCUGCUCCAGCCACCGUCGCCCAGCAAAUGGCGCCCGUGGUCCGCCACCAUCACCACCAUCAUCACGUGCCGCUGGUGCACCAUAUUCCCGCCCUGGUGCUCUGACAAGUAAGGCAACGACAAUAACAGCAAAGAUGCACUUUUGCAAAGCGCUCGAGCGGACAGGACACGUGUUCAGGUCAUGUUGAGGAAAAAAAAACAUUUAUUUGUAUAGCACUUUUAACAAAAAGGACUCCAAAGUGCUGAGUUGAAUUACAGGUUUGAAAUAUAAACGUACUUUUAGCUGUCCUCCCGGCACUUGUCCAAAGACUUGGGGAAAAUUUACAACCACCCGCCUGUCACGUGAUCACUAUGGCAGGCCGAUAUGCGUGAGCCCACACGUCAUGUGAUUACAGCAUCUUUCCAUGCAACCGUCACGUGAGCCCAACGGAGUAGUUUCUAUGGAUUCCACAUUUAUGAGUGAAAGAACAUUUUGGAAGGACACUGUUGUAGGUCUCACACUCACCAAUGAAAUUGUCACUUUAAACUUGUACAGACCGAAUAAUGGUGUAAUAUUAAAAUAAGUAAAUGUAUGCUUCUGUAUAUGCCAUUUGUGCUUCU